AUGCCGAACAAAUUUGGCAUAAAAUUCUGGUUAGUUUCUGAUGUAGGUAGUAAAUUUAUAGUAAAUGGGCUUCCAUAUUUGAGAAAAUAUGAAGAGAGAGAAUUAUCAAUCCCGCUUGGAGAGUUUAUAGCUUUUAAAUCAGCAGAGCCAUAUACGGGCCAUGGGAGAAGUAUAAUAGUUGACAAUUUUUUUACAAGCGCGUCACUAGCGAGUAGACUUCUAGCAAAAAGAACUACGCUUGUUGGAACUAUCCGGAGGAAUAAAAGAGAGCUAUCAAAUUUAGCGAGACAAGUAAAGGAUGGUAUGACACAAUUUUUAACAAUAUUAUACAAAUCAAAAGAUUUUAUUCUUACAAUUUAUAAAUCUAAACCCAAUAAAAAAGUAUUGAUAUUUAGUUAA